CCGUGCAGUUUGGCCAGUGUGCGGUGUUGGUGUUUCCUUGUUUGUUUUUUUGUUUUACGUUGUGCUAAAGAAAUUGUCAUUUAUAUAGUUCGCCCAGGUGAUAAUAAAGGAUUUUAUUCCUAUAUCAUUCAUUGAAGAUCUUUUUGGCAUCAAUAAAUAGCUACAUAAACCACAUCAAGAUGGAGCAAAUAAUACACCAAGUGGCUCAGAAUAUGGAGAAGCAACUCGACCAUGAGAUCGAGAGGUUGGACGCCCUGGACAGCGGCGAUCUUGAGGCCAUCAGACAACAGCGCAUUGCUGAGAUGAAACAGAGGGCUAAGCAGAAGCAGGAGUGGCUCGCUAAUGGUCAUGGCGAAUACACAGAGAUAGAUGGGGAAAAGGAAUUCUUCACUGUGUGCAACAAGAGCAGUAACGUCGUGUGCCACUUCUACAAGAAUGACACUCCGCGGUGUCGUAUAGUGGAUAUGCACCUUAAGUUGCUCGCGAAGAAACACGUCGAGACCAGGUUCGUCAAGCUGGACGCUGAGAGGGCGCCGUUCCUCACUGGUAGACUCAAGAUCCGCGUGAUACCGACCAUAGCCAUAGUGAAGGAGAACAAGACUAAGGACUUCAUCGUCGGGUUCACUGACCUCGGCAACCGGGACGACUUCCACACGGACAUGCUCGAGUGGAGGCUCGCCAGGGGCGACGUAAUAGAAUAUUCUGGAGAUCUCCUAAAUCCACCGGAGACUAAGAAACAAUCUCUACACAUACAGAAGAAAAGCAUCCGCGGCUCCGCGCAGGACGACGACUCUGACGACUUCAGCGACUAAACGCUGAAUCACUGAUCUGUCACUUUCACAAUAAAGAUUUUCUCCGUCAGAUGUCGCCACAGUUGUUACGAGAGCCGGUAGUGACAUCUGUUGCAACUUCUCGCAAUGAGGAAGUAUUU